GACAGAUCACAGUAUCCGUACGUGAACUUGAUAAAAUUACCAAAUCAAAAUGAUAGUAAAGUUUGUUAAAAUGAGAUAGAUCAAUUUCAAUGUUAUACGUAACAUACAUGUGCUAAAACGUAAUUAAAUAUGUGCAAUUUUUUCAACGUUCGGUAGACUUAACCUUUUAAGAUACUUGUAAAAAUUUUCCUUAAACUCCUAAAUGUUUUAUGGAAUUACGACAUCCAAAAUAAUUGUGUAACAUAAAAUAAUUAUUGCGAUAAGUAAAAUAACUGCGUACAUAACCAAUGAACCUUGACUUUUGACAAAACAUUACUAUUGUAGUAUAUUUAUAUUGUUGCUUCAAUAUUUUAAAAAAGAGCCCGUAAAAUUGUUGGCUGACUGCAGAAGAUGGCUUCAAAAACUUUUGAAGGUGUUUUAGAUAGAUACAAUGGCAUAACUGUUGAUUCUCAAAAGGAACAAUGUGACAUUACUGAUUUUCAAAGUAAACUAACAGAAUCAUUGCAGAAAUGGGAUAGUGAAGGAAGAAGAUGCAUAUGGUUCAAAAUUAAUAUAAAGGAUGCAGCUUGGAUUCCAAUACUAGCAAAUGAAGGUUUUAAUUUUCAUCAUUCAGGGGAGAGUUUUGUAACAUUGUUCAAAUGGUUACCAAAAGACAGCACAUCAAAUUUGCCACCAAUAUGUCACACAAGUAUUGGUGUGGGCGGCUUAGUGUUUAAUAAUAACAAUCAAAUAUUAGUUGUUAUGGAACAACUUUAUGACUAUCCACAUUGGAAGCUGCCUGGUGGAUAUGUAGAAAAAGGGGAAGAUAUCAAAGAUACUGCUGUUAGAGAGGUAAAAGAAGAAACUGGUAUUGAUGCAGUUUUCGAAUCCAUGGUAACUUUGAGACACACACAUAAAAUGAUGUUUGGUAACUCUGAUAUAUACAUAGUUGUAUCACUCAAAGCUACAUCUGAUGUUAUCACAAAGUCUGAUGAUGAAAUCAAAGAUUGUAAAUGGAUGGAUAUAGAAGAAUUUUUAGAACAUCCACAUGUACAUGAAUUUAACAGGUUUAUUGUAAAACAAGCAUUAGAUUUAAAGGAAAGAAAAUUGAAAUUAUCUCUUAAAAAGAGUAAAGUAACUAUAUCAAAAUUUUCACGGGAAAUUACUUCUUUAAUUGUAGAUGAUUUGUGAUUUUUAAAUAUAACAUUUUUCAAACUAAGCAUUCAAAGAGCAUUUAAAUAAAUAAAAUUGUGGGAAAGAUAGAGCUGGGGAUAAGGAUGAAGUUGAUUAGGUGAAAAAUUGCUUCAAUUUAUUAAUGUUAUUUUAACUAAUUUAAUAAAAAAAAUUAAAGAUUA